AGCAACUUCAGCGUUAACUUAAACUACCUACAAUUUUACUGCAUAGAGCAUAUAGCAUCCCUUAUCUCUAAUCAAGUAUGGAUCCUGAGUCUCAUGGUGUUGAUGAAGAUGAUGAUAGCUUAUCAGGGAAUGCUGAUCUUUUAUCAUGUUCUGCUCCACAAUGUUCUUCCCUCCACUCAUCUGGAAAGCGUUCUCUGAGCUUGGAUGCUUCACUUGGCUCUUCUAUUCAAAGUCUUGAGUCUGCUCAUGUAGAAGAUUUACCAAAAUAUGAUGAUGUCCUUCAUACUAAUACCCCAUGUGAUCCUCGUCCUUUUCCCAAUCUACCCUCUGGUACCGCUAGUGCCAGCGCUUCACCGAAGAGUCUUUUUUCUCGGCUGAGCAAAACCUUGGAAGACAGAAUAGGUAAAAUCAGAUCUGAGAGGGGGAGAAAUACAAACCUUUCUUCUCAUGAAAGUGACUUGGCUCACAUUGGCCUUUUGGAGGAUGAAUGCAUAUCAUUUUCUCACUUGGCCUCAGAGUCUAAAAAUGAUGAGCUUUACUCAAAGGUCUCAGAUGAUUCUCCAUCCGAUUGUUUCAAGCCACUGCCUCCAACAAAGCUUCAAGUUAAUGAGGCAAAUUCUACUAAUGAUUCUCAACAUCGAUUGACUGCAGAAAAGAAGCACACAUCUCCCAGUGUAUUUGAUAUUCGGUUCAGAAAUCGGAAAGAUGGCCGAGGCAUUAAAGGAAUAUCAUUGAGCUCCAGCCUCAGUAACAGGGCACUGGCACUGGAUUUUGCUUCUCCACCCAAGAUACCAAGUUCUCCUGUGUUGGAUGUCUCCAUAGAAGAUGCAGUUGAAGCUGAAGAAGACCCAUCUCUUUCUAUAUUGGAUGAAAAAUCUGUGCAUUUUUCCAAUAUCCAUGAGAAAAAUUUCCAAGGCAAAAAUAGAAUAUCAACAUUCAAUUCUUCAGUUAUUGAUAACUUGAACUUGACAGGGAAGUUGAGCCAGUCUGAUGUUGAUGAUGAUGAUGAUUUAGGGAUUAUGAACCUUACAACAUAUCUCCCUGUUAAAUUACGCUAUUACUGGAAAAUGAUCAUUGUAUCUACUAUUUUCAUAACAUGUUUUGUUUUACCAAUGCCAAGAUUUUUGGCUGGUUUGAUUUUUGGUCUCAGUAUCUCUAUCAGUUCCUUAUACGUUCUAGCAACCAAGUUCCUCUUACCUCAAUCUGCCAAAGCAGUUUCUGAGGACAAGUGUGUGCAGCAAGAGCAGAUAACUUUAACAUCACCUUCUGAAGAAGAUAAUUUGUGCUUCAAGGGAUGGCUCAACAAAUUAGAUGGUGAAUACCACCCAGAAGAACAUCAUGUUUCGAAAAUUCACUGCAUUUUCGUGCGCCUGCAUGGCACCCUGCUGAUGGUCGAUCAUCCCCGCAAGAAGGUGCACAAGCACGCUCACUUCGAGGAAAAGUUGGACAGCGGGGGCUUCGUGCAUCACCGCGAUUACGACUUGAGUGGCGCUAGCGUGACGCUCGAGCCUGACUACCUGCCGCGACGGUGGCUGUGGAGUCGCAAGUAUCCAGUGUGUGUACGUCUCAGGAGGACAGCUCGGCUCAUCACUUCAAGUAUUCCAGCUGACCUUCUUGCUCCACUUCCUGAUGACGAAGAGAAUGAGAAAAAGUCAACAAUUUCUGAAGAAGAUGAGAGCGCGGGAGGCAUCGAUGCCACUUUGGGCGCGGCAGAGCUGGACUCGUUCGAGCAUGUGACUGAAGAUAUGUGCUUUGAGGAACAGCUCUAUUUCUUCGCCAGAUCUGACAGGGAUAAGGAAAUCUGGUUCCGUCGCUUCGUCGCAGCAGCGCAACUGAAGGGCGAGUCAACAUGGGAGAGUGACGCCGUCUUCAGAUGCUACAUGGACCGCUUGCUGCACCCGUGGCAGCCUGUCACGCCUGAGGUCUCUUGGAUCAACAUCCUGGCCGGCAGACUCUUGUAUGACUUCCUGCACAAUCCUUACUGGGCUAAUAAAAUACAAGAGCGCAUCCAACGUAAGCUGAGCAAAGUGCACCUGCCGCCGCUGGUUGGGGAGCUCGUGGUGUGCGGGGUGACUGCAGGCAAGGCCAUCCCUCAGCUGCAUUCUGUGGACCCGCCCGUGCAAGAUAACUGUGGAUUGUGGUGCGAUUUGUCUGUACAAUACGACGGAAAUUUUACCAUGACCAUCGAGACUAAGAUCGACCUCAUGAAAUUGAAACGAGGGGACAGUGUGCAGGGAGGGUUAGGUAAUUCCUCAGGCCCCGUGCAAGAAGCUGGGGCGCGGGUGAAGCGAUCAUCUGCACGCUUCGCUCCUCACGGCGCUCAGUUCCGUGAACUUCACUUCGACACUGACACGGACGACAGCGUCGAGUCGAGCAGCGAUGACGAGGACGUCACGAGUAGUGAAGUGACGAGCCAAUCCUCUGAAGGUGUGUCACCCCCUGGGGGAGGACGACGUCUUAUGAAACUCGUGGACACGCUUACUGGCUCACGCUAUUUCCAGCAAGCCACUGACUGGGGCAUCCUCCGCAAAGCAAUGAAGGGAGUUAGUAAUACUAGAAUAGUUCUGUCAGUGAGGGUAGAGAAGCUCUGUGGAGUGCUGGCUGUGAACAUUCCACCCCAGCCGUCAGACCGCAUCUGGUACGGUUUCAGGACGCGACCAAAGCUCGUCAUGAAAGCUGAACCAAAGCUUGGGGAUCAGCCGCUGUCUUUACCUUUCCUCUCCAACUUCAUUGAGCGACAGCUGCGUAAAGUCUUCGAGAAAAUAUUCGUGCUGCCCAACAUGGACGAUCUGGUAGUGCCCAUAAUGUCGCCGCUGCUGCCUGGACAAGCUUCUUUGCCCAAGCCGCCCUGGGAGAUCGCCGAGUCACCGACAGCCCCUCUGCUCCCUUCACCAGGAUUUGAAGCCACCACCACCCCAUUUUGAGGAGCUGGGGAAGCCUUUGUUGGGUCAUCCAGCAGCUCCUUUUGCUUUGAUGUAAUUGGUCUUCCUUUGAGUUGUUUUUGUUGGGUUUCGUUUAUUAGUUGAUCCGACUUUCUAGUUGUAUGUUUUUUUGCUUUAUGAUUUGUGCUUAAGAUUUUGUCAGUUGUGCCCAUAAUUUCACCACGUGUAAUUGUGGUAUCUAUGAUUGUUGUCAUUAAAUUCAAUGUUUAAAAAAUCUUUUGGCAAAUAUUCAAUUUUCUAAAU